AUGGAGCCUUACUCAUCCUCAAUGCGCCCCAGACCAAUCCUACCCCGUCCAACAGCAACGCCCGACACCCCAUCCGCGCCAAGGUCCACCAGCGACUUAGUUAUCCCGCGGAAAUCAAAGGUCAUCUCAGCCUGCCAACCCUGCAAGCUGAAAAAGAUAAAAUGCGACGGCGACCGCCCCGAAUGCGGGCCUUGCAUGUCGAAAGGCCGAAGCUGCGAAUACACAGUCCAGGGUAACAGAACUGAGCUCCUCAUAAGACGACAGCAGGCUCUGCAGGAGAAUGUUGAAUCGUUCGCGGCGCUGUAUCGGUAUCUCCAGGAACGGCCUGCGAAUGAAGCUAAUAGUCUGUUUGAGCGGAUCCGCGAUGGUUUUGGCAUUGAGGCGGCGCUCGAGUUUGUGAAAAGUGAAGGCAGUAGUCUUGCCUCAGCUUGCAGAGAUCCACCAAGUGCCAGGGUGAGAUGGAGUCAACAGAUCUACGACUGCAAUCUACUCUUCGAGAACGAGCUCUUGUCAACCGAGAUCUCAGAUGUGGCUAUUCAAGCCUUGCGAGAUGGUAUCGACUGUUACUUCUUAUACAUGGGUAACAUGUUUCCUAUUUACACGAGGAAGGAAGCCAGUUCGAUUCUUGACACCUUUCAAGAAGCAAAGCCAGACCAGGUUGUCGGCAGAAAGAUUGCAUACGGCGAGUUACUGGCCAUUUGUGCAUUGGGCUUCCAAUAUGAUCGACAGAUUCUACCAAACGGCAACGCAUCGAUAUGCACGCCGUUCUACCAGAAAGCUCGGCUGUUUCUCGAUUACGUCGUGGAGCAGGCUCCCCUGCGGGCGAUGCGGAUAUGCUGUUGCUUGGGGAUCUACAAUGUUAUUGCCAAGUCAUCAUUGGCAAUCUCUUAUACAGAUUGGGGUAUCCUGCUUGGCUCCUCAAGCGGACUUUGUGUUGGCAAAAAGCCUCCGGGUCUGCCAGAACAAGAUUUCAAGGGAUACAUCAAGACUUUCGCUGCACUCAUCACGAUACGGAGCUGGGUAACAGCUACUCUUGGGCAUAUUCCCAGCCCAGAGGUCUCCCGAUGUAUUCACGCAAGUCAAUCCGAGCACCUGGCUACUUCUUUUGCUGAUGCUUUUUUCCAGGAAACAAGGGAGCAGAUUGACAACACCGGCGCUCUUGAUUCAGCAGCCGAGGACCCUGUUCUCGGUGUUCUACAACAGAGGAUGGCACAAAUCACAGUCCUGAAGGCCAACAUCGUCCGAACCGUGGCAUCCUUUAGAGUCUUAUCGCCCACUAUCCUGAGACAAAUGCAUGACGACCUUGAGUUAUGGCGAUCUAGUCUCCCUGCUUACAUGCAUCUCGAGACCUUGGUUUAUACACCAGAGAUAUCUCCUGACCAGCGCCGGGUGACUUUUUACAUGCACCUUUUCUACAUGUCCGCCUUGAUUCUCAAAACUCGGGCUGUGCUUGCUACUCAAAGGGAUAUAGCGGCGUGUACCUGGGACCCUGAAGCUAAGGCUGCUAUUUGCGAGGGCAUACAUGCUGCUCGAAACUCAGCUCGACUUCUUGGGCUAAUCCUCGAGGAGAAAGCUGUGGUGAAGAACUGCUGGCUGACCAUGUAUCAAUGCUAUGUCACCUUCUUGAUGCUGAACUUCACUGCCAUCAAAAGUUUCCUUGUCGGGGGUGGUAAAGCAUUCAGGCAGCAAGAUGUGACUCUUUCAAGAACAUGUAUCGAGAUCCUUGCGUUAUGUGCUACAAAGGACAGGAUAGCGCACAGCUUCCACAGUCGACUGACGAGAUACCAGGACAUUAUAAAUGGCCAUCUGCCAGAAUCUCCACUUAACAUAACCCAGGCUUCAAGCUCCUACGAAGAUGGGCCAUUGGAUGACGACUCUUACCUAUUUAUCAAAUCUAGCGGCGACGCCAGACUUCAUAACCUGAUGCAUGAGCUACGGGAGCUACUGUGCUAUCCCCUUACCCUUCUGAAAGGAGGUUCUGAGGCUAACAUGCCGUAUCCUACUAUUGUCGAAGCAUCUGUCAACGCUGAUAUUAACUUUGCUCAUCACCUCGCCUCGCCGUUCAAUAUGGCUGAGGAUGAGGUCCCGAAUGGCUUGUUUCCGCCUGAGGAUAGCCUCAAGGAAAGGCAUGACUAUGACGCGAGGACCGAGGGUUAUCUUACUGGCUCUGUGCCUUUUGGGUGGGACGUCUCUGCAUGGAGAAGAGAUCCCGGAGUUGGAAACCUGGAUAAUACUUGA